AUGUAUUCGCUAGCACAGCGUCUGAGCAACAUCUCAGCGCUUGCGACGACCGUGCUCCUUACUUUGCUCACUGCCAUCUCCGCCACCACCUUCCUCAUACCCGCCAACCUCGCUCCAGCGUCGCUCAGCGUUCCCCACCUCAACGUCCUCCUCGGACGCUCUCAGCACGACUGGCGCGCAAAGGAGCGCGAGUUUGCGUUCGUCAAGUUUGAUCUCAAGGCCGACCUCUCGCCCUUGUUCAACUGGAACACCAAGCAGGUCUUCGUGUACCUCACUGCCGACUACGCGACUCCAGAAUACCCGGACAACACGGUCGUCGUGUGGGACAGGAUCGUGCGCUCGUCGCGACACGCGCGGAUUGAUGUGCAGGACGGCAAGCAGAAGUACGAGUUCAAGGAGAUCUCCAGCACGUUCAGCAACGUCUCGGCGACGUUCUCUUUGCAGUACCAGGUGCAGCCGUACGUAGGCGUGCUCACCGCGGGAGAAGUCGUCCGCACAGAACCCAUCGCUUUCCCUGCAGUCCGCCGGAGAAGUCAGUAG